AUGCGCGGCCGCCAGCGCCGCUCUUCGGUUGCGGCCCCUCGCCUCCCGCCCGUGGGCUACAAUGCCUUGGUCUCUCUCUGCUUCCCUCCUUCCCCAGAUUCGAAGCUUACCGAGACCUCGAUGAUUCUAGCUGGAAGAGACGAGAUCGCACGCUCCGAAUCUCAGCACGGAGCAGCAGCCUCAGAAAACGACUAUGCUGGCGCUGGAACUGUCGGCCCCGUGGACGACGACAACCCGGAGGACGGUGGCGGCCCCCGUCCCGAGGCCGAGCAACAGCAGGAGGAGCCGGCCCCCCUGGCCGCGGAGGGGCCACAGCCCAGAGAGCGGGGACAGCGCCGCUACCGCACCGCCUUCACCCUGUGGCAGCAGCGGGAGCUGGAGCUCAUUUUCCGGCACAAUCAAUACCCCGACGUGUUCGCGCGAACGCCGGAGCCCUCCCUUGAGCUCAACGCUUGGGACGGUGCCUAUGCGGUUUUCGCGGCUGUGAAACGGACGAAAACUGUACUGGGGCGGGGGUGGGGGUGGGGUGGUGAAGGGGGCUUGGAAAAUUUAAAACAAGCAAGAAAUGUGCAGUCAUAUAUUUCAUUUCAUCCACAAUUCCAAAUACUGAACGUUUGCAAUUCCCCCCUCAGAGAGGAGAUUGCAGGACGCCUGGAUUUGACUGAAGCCAGAGUGCAGGUUUGGUUUCAGAACAGAAGGGCCAAGUGGAGGAGACAUCAGAGAGUACAAAUGCUCAGAAAUAUGCAUGCCAUCACCCUGGGCUUCCCUGUGGGGAUCAUCUGGGGUGGGCCCUAUAAUGCCAUCCCUGUUCUGAAGCCUGCUUGGAGAUGUGUUCCUGUGGUUCCACAGCCAUUCAGACCACCUGUGCCACCUGGGCAGCCUGUGCCACCUGGGCAGCCUGUGCCACCUGGGCAGCCUGUGCCACCUGGGCAGCCUGUGCCACCUGGGCAGCCUGUGCCACUUGGGGUUCCUGUGCCAGCCAUGUACCCUGUGCCUGCCUUUGGUGUGGCCCCUAUAGGCGUGGCAUGGGCCCCUGUCAUCCAUGGUCAUUUCAUAGGUCCUAUUUUCUAA